UUUGUAUAAUUGAGACAUAAGGUAUAGAAACAUAGAGAAAAUUUAGAGGGGAAAGCUUAUUUUUAGCAUAUGUAUUUUUUAAAUUAUCAAAACUUAUUAACUUUAUUUUUAUUCUUUUGCAGCCUAAGAAAUAGCAUAAUGAACUAUUUGUUUUAACGACAGGUCGUUUCUUUGUAAACAUCAAACUGCACCAGGUGGGGUUUUAGACCUGUAAACAAAACCCUCAACACAGAAUCCAGCUUCUGUUGAUGAUAUUAGAAGCACAAUGUUUUCUCGUUCUCUGACUUGUAAAAAGCAUUGGCUUUUCUUACAUGGACGCAAAGUGAUUUCAUAUGAAUCCGCAACUUCUCCAUUUCAAGCCCUCUACUCUACUCACAUUGUUGGUGAUAAACCAAUUCUUGUGAGAGAUUUUAUUCAUUCUGCAUUGUACCAUCCAUUACAUGGAUACUUUUCACAAAGAUCAAGGUCUGUCGGCGUUCUUGAGAAAAGCAUCAAGUUCAAUCAGCUUGAAGGCAGAAAAGCUUAUUUGAACCACUUGGAUAAAAUCUACAAGCAGAGUGACAUAUCAUGGUUUACACCAGUGGAGCUUUUCAAGCCUUGGUAUGCUCAUGGUAUUGCUGAAGCGAUAAUGCGUACGGCUAACCUUUCAGUUCCACUAAGAAUAUAUGAAAUUGGAGGUGGUUCUGGAACUUGUGCAAAGGGCAUAAUGGAUUACAUAAUGUUGAAUGCUCCUUCAAGAGUGUACAACACUAUGACUUACACUUCAGUGGAAAUCAGUCCAUCACUUGCUGAAAUACAAAAAGAGACGGUUGGAGAAGUUCGUAGUCACUUGUCAAAGUUUAGAGUAGAAUGCCGUGAUGCUGCUGACCGGAGUGGAUGGGGCGAUGUGGAGCAACAGCCAUGUUGGGUAAUCAUGCUCGAGGUUCUUGAUAAUCUUCCACAUGACCUUAUUUACUCUGAAAAUCAAAUUCUGCCAUGGAAGGAAGUAUGGGUUGAGAAGCAACAUGACAAGAAAACACUCUCUGAAUUGUACAAGCCACUACAAGAUCCAUUAAUUAAGUGCUGUGUUGAGAUCAUUGAAUCAAACAGUGAUCAGUCAGCAUCAACAGCAAAAAGUUUUUUGUCCAAGGUCUUCCCAAGACCCCGAAGAUGUUGGUUACCCACGGGCUGCUUGAAACUAUUAGAGGUGUUGCAUGAGGCAUUACCAAAGAUGUCGUUAAUUGCCUCAGACUUUAGUUUCCUUCCUGAUGUAAGCAUACCUGGCGAGGGGGCUCCUUUGGUUUCAACCAAGAAAGAUGGCUGCAGCUCUGAUUACAAAAGCUAUCUGGAAGCAAAGGGUGAUGCUGAUAUAUUUUUCCCUACGGACUUUUGGCUUUUGGAACAAAUGGACCAUUAUUGUUCCGGGUGGCUGAAACUGCAUGAAGAUAAAUCUUCCAAGCAAGGGAAGAAAAGGCGAACACUUGUACUUGAUACAUCAUCAUUCAUGGAAGAGUUCGGUUUGCCCUCCAAGACGAGAACAAAGGAUGGAUACAACCCACUUCUGGAUGAUUUCAAGAAUACUAAAGUUUAUCUAAGUGUUCCAACGCACAACAUAAAGUAGAGAGUCUGCAAAAGUAAGGAAGGAAGAAAUGAAUAUUCUGCAUAAAUUCUCAAAAACUAUUUGCAGAAGCAUCAGUUCGAGAGGACUUGGCGUAGCUAGUCAAAUAGCCUGGAUCGCAUCAUCUGAAAAGAAAUAAGGAUUAUUUAUAAAGGCAAGUAGCUAAUGACUGCUUCAAUUCACAUUCUUUGUGGGAGAAACUCAAACAGGAAAAUGGGAGCUUGAUAUUGGAAUAUCUGAAGAUCAAUAAAAUCUUCUAUUCUUGAUUCUCUUCUUUUGUGUAUGAAUUCUAUUACCUAAUAAUUCUUUCAAGCAAACAUAUUAAAGCA